AUGGCCUCUUGUGGAAGCACUUGUGCAGCUGCCGGUGUGGAGUUGAAGGACUCGCAGGAUCCUGGCAUCUUCAAAUGCUUCCUGGCGAAUGCUGGCGAUUCCAGAGGCCUCCUGGUGCAGCUCCGUCAGGGUGCAGAGCCUGUGAUUGUCGCGUCCCAAGACCACAAGCCUGACCUGCCAGCAGAGCGAGAACGCAUCUCGCGCGCCGGAGGAUUCGUAACUGGCACCUCCCGGAUGAAUCCGGACGUCGCGCGGGUCGAUGGCAAUCUCGCUGUGUCGCGUGGCUUUGGCGACUUCGAUUUCAAGAAGAAUCCGGACAAGGAUGCCACGCAGCAGAAGGUCUCCUAUGUACCGGAGCUCUUCUUUGCCGAUCUUGGCUCUGGUGACCUGGUAAUCCUGGCUUGCGACGGCAUCUUCGAUGUCAUGAGCUCCGAAAAGCUCGUGGAGGAACUCUUGCAGCACCUUGCUGAGGGCCGGGACUUGGGUGAUGCUGCUGAAGCGGUGCUGCACUCCUGCCUGCUUCUUGGGUCCAGAGACAACAUGACCUUGAUGGUCUCUCAGCUCGGUCCACCCACUUCGGAAGGAGCGUGGGAAGAUGGAGUCUCAAUCUCUGGGCUCUCCAGCUUCCAUGACAUCAAGGACAAAGAUCUUCAGAAGCUCCACUUCGACUUCCUGGAGCACUGUGCCCAGCUGGGGCCACUGCCUGCGCCGGAGCGGGCGCUUUACGAGGAGGUGCGAGAGCGGAUGAGGGCCGAGAGCGAUGUGCAGUCGAGACUGGAAGCCCUGGUAGAGGAGCUGCAGCCAGGGGAGACACCCGCAGGCGCGCUGCGGAGACUUCGGCCCAAGAAGCGCAAGGCCGACGACGACAAGUGCAGCUUCACUCGAAUCUCGGAGUUAUGUGACCAGCUCGUGUUCGACGGAAUUGCGUCGGUCUACGAGGCUUCACGUGCUGAGCUGAUGAAGCUUCGGAGCGUGAAAGCGCGCGGUAAGAUGAAGGACAAAACUGCCAAAAAAACCUGUCCGGUAAAGGACGCCGAGGUCGAUGCCGCCAAAGCUGCGGAAGAUCCGAGCUGCGAGAACUGGCAGUAUCGCUGGGCUGCUGGCGACGAGCAAGGAGUGGUCUUUGGCCCCUUCCGUCGCGACAUGUUGGCAGAGUGGAAACGCCUGGGCUGCUUCAACGAAGAGCGACCCGCGGAGUUCCGACGCGUUGGGGAUGAAGGUGAUGCUUGGCUGGAUUGGAGUGAAGUGAGCUUCGACUAG